CUUGUUGAGAGACACAGUGCAAGACUGUCCUCAUAACAGCAUUGCUGAUGCAUGAGAGGGGAACUCAUGAGUGGUUUACUGAAAAAUGCUAGAAACUUGUUUUAUUUAAAGCAGAAUCGGGCAUGGAAACCCAUUGACUUCACCUUGUCAUUCGUGCCAACCUCUUAUCAAGCUCUCACCUCAAAAUAUGGAUUUGCUCUACCCUCCUCUUUGAUACAAAGCUGGUUGGUUGUUGUCAAGUAGCAGUUGGAGAUCAUGGGAAGAGAUAAGAUCAUUGCUGCCUUAUAUGAAACAUAUCUCUUGCUUCAUGCUGGUUGGUACAAUAUUCAUGGUACAAUAUUCAUGAUGUUGUGAAUGGGCUGCACAGAUGUAAAUGUUUUGAAGUUGCUUGUUUUAAUGCUAUUUGCGUUGCACCUCAGUGUUAGUGUCAUUGGUCUUAUCUGGCUUAGUCUACAUACAAUCGGAUAUAUGCAGUAACAUAUUUUUGUACCCCACCAGUGCUUAUAACCAGUGCAAUAAAUGAAGGUAGGUGCUAAUUCAGGCCAGUGAACACGAGCCUAUUGCACCCUUCAUUGAGCACAUUCAUUGAUGAGACACAUUCAUCAGUGUGAAACACCAGCCAAGUUAUCAGCCUCUUUUCUUUCCUUCUCUUGUACGUAUGUAAGUAAUGUAAAUAAGGGCUGUACAAGGCCCUGCAAUGUACAGUAUUUUUUAAUAUGGUGACAUUUUUUUUAUUAUUUCUUUGUGCUAUGUAAUGUCUUUAAAAGUUGAAAUGUCAUACGAAAAUGAGUGGACUUGUUUAAAUAAAACGCUGCUGUAUAGAUAUUUAUAUUAAACAGGGCAUUUUUAAAUACUUUAUCGAUUCAAUUCCUCAAAUGUGCAAACAUAACGCAGACGAUGAUCUGAAACUGAAUGAUAGCAUGAACCGUAGCCAAAGAUGGAGAAUGGUGCACUCCGAAACGCAGGUGCUGGCCAAUCAGCGUCCCAUACGGUAUGCUGUCUGCUGGUGCCCCCACUUGGCAGGGGGAGGACCACACCGCGAAGCGUCAAGCCUAGUGCAGGGGCACAAUACAAAGCCACGAGGGGGGAAUUUGUCAACUUCUGGAAUCGUUAACGGUUUCUUUCUCAAUAUGUCGCCGUCCAGCCUGUGCAAAACCCUUCUGUUUUUCUUUGCCCUUACCUCGCAGCACGACUUUGCAAAGACCAGCGAUGUAUUCGAGCUAGGAGACGCCGACUUUGAUUACAUUGCGGCCGAGCAUGGGACCAUGUUGGUGGAGUUUUUCGCCCCUUGGUGUGGUCAUUGUCAGAAGCUUGCCCCGGAAUACGAAACCGCUGCGACACAAUUAACAGGCAAAGUGUCCUUAGCCAAAGUUGAUUGCACAGUGAAUUCUGAAACUUGUGGACGUUUUGGGGUCAAUGGGUAUCCCACUCUAAAAAUAUUUAGGAAUGGUGAAGACUCCUCAGCAUAUGAUGGUCCACGAACGGCAGAUGGCAUUGUAAGCUACAUGAAGAAGCAAGCAGGGCCUAGUUCAGUGCCACUUCUAAGCGAAGAAGACUUGGAUGGUUUCAUUAACAACUUUGAUGCCAGUGUUGUGGGCUUUUUCUCAGGGCCUGAGAGCACCCAGCUUGCUGAGUUCCAAAAAGCUUCCAGCACCUUGAGGGACAGCUAUCGCUUCGCCCACACCACUGAUCUGGGCCUUGGGCACAAACAUGGUGUGGAAUCAGAGUCGGUGUUGCUCUUCAGACCACCAAGACUGAACAGUAAAUUUGAAGACGGUGUAGUGAAAUUCAGUGAUUCUGUUUCAAUGUCAGCUCUGCGUUCCUUCAUCAGGGAUAAUGUGUUUGGCCUGUGUCCUCAUUUAAGUCCAGAAAACCGAGAUAAUUUAAGGGGAAAGGACAUGCUUGUUGCUUACUAUGAUGUAGAUUACCUGAGAAAUCCAAAGGGUACAAACUAUUGGCGGAACAGAAUCAUGAAAGUGGCAGCUCAGUUCCAGCUGCAGGGACUGAGCUAUGCGGUGGCAGACAGGCAGCAGUUUCAAGACGAGCUGGAGGAUGAGUUUGGCUUUGGGGCCUCAGAUGGAGGGGAGCUGCCCCUCAUAGCCAUCAGGACGCAAGAGGGGCACAAGUACUCUAUGCAGGAGGAGUUCUCGCGAGAUGGUACAUCCUUGCAGCACUUUUUGGAGGAGUUUUUUGCUGGUCGGGUGAAGAGAUAUAUAAAGUCUGAACCGGUCCCUCAGUCCAAUGACGGCCCAGUCAAGGUUGUGGUAGCAGAGACAUUUGAGGACAUUGUGAAUGAUAAUGAAAAAGAUGUGCUGAUUGAGUUUUAUGCUCCAUGGUGUGGCCACUGCAAAAGUCUGGAUCCCAAAUACACUGAACUUGGGCAGAAGCUCUCUAAUGACCCAAAUGUUGUAAUUGCCAAGAUGGAUGCCACUGCGAAUGAUAUUCCACCUCCAUACGAUGUUCAGGGAUUCCCUACAAUAUACUUUGCGCCUGCAGUACAGAAAGAUCAACCAUUGCGAUACGAGGGGGGCCGUGAGGUUGCAGAUUUCAUCAACUACCUUGAAAAAGAGACUACCCAUCCCCUUGUGUUGGACAGUGCACGGGAGGAUUUGUGAAAUGGAACAAAUCUGAUUGACUUGAGGUGAAAAACAAAGACUUGGAAUUCUUGUGGACUUUUAUUGAAUGCAACAAACACACAGUUCAGAGAUGUCCGUCUGUGCCCUAUGGAAAGCACUGAAACAAGCAAUACUGAGGAUGUGAAAAAUGUAAACAUUUUCAGAAAGCCCUUUAUAGUUUGUACAGUAUACAAGGACAUAACGGGGCAGAUUCAUUGCUACUGAGAAGUUUAAAUGGAAUUGUGUAAAGUACACAUUGCAGCUCAAGAGAAAGCAGUGCCUCUUGCCCUAUUUUGUCUGCUUUUCAUUUCUUGAGGCCUUUACUUCACGUGAUAUUGAGAGGAACAUUAGAUCAUAGAGUAGAGGUCCUCUUGCUCAUUACGUGAACCUCUUAGUUUUCAGUCUCUACUUUUAAUGUAUUGUAAAAUAAUCAGUGAGGUACUGAUAAGAUGCAGACAAAGUUGUACCGUUAAGAAUGUAGAGGGCUCUAUGCCCAUCGAAAAUAAAAAUAAAUAAUUUUGGCCACUU